AUGGAUGGGGGGUGGACGCUCGACGCGGGGGCGUCGGUGGCGUACGCGAGAAAGGGCGCGCUGCGUGCGGGCGUCGUGGAACGACGAGACGGGAAGGCGGCGCUCGUGGUGCGAGAGUUCCCGAGCUUGGAGAGCGUUAAGGUGAGCGAGAAGAGCGUGGAGAUGCGGUUCGCCGCGAGCGCGGAUGCGGAGACGGCGGAGGCGUUCGCGAGCGAGGUGGCGGCGAACGCGCAGCGAGCGGACGCGCUUCUAUCGGCGGCUUGGGAGCUCAUCAAUGAGUUUGGAUUGGAAGAUGGAGAGGUGUGCGAUGCGUCAUACGUGAGUGAGCUCAUGUUCGAGGGCGAAGAGCGCGCGGCGGGGGCGAACGCGUUCGCGGCGUACCGACUAUUACAGUCGCAGGCGGGCGGAACGUACUUCAAGGCAAAGGGCAAGGGGACGUACGAGGCGCGACCGAGUGACCAAAUAGAGGCGUUGAAGAAAAAAAUAGAGGCCGAGACGCGGGCCGCGGCGGUCGAGGAUGAGUUUUUAGACGAGAUCAGGGCGGCAAUCGCCGCGCCUCGUGGAGACAAGCCGCGCGGCCAGACGCUUUGGAGGGCGAGCGCGGAAGAUAACGAUGCUCGCGUCCGCAGACUGGAGGCUCUGCAGGCGUACGCUUUGGGUGAUAAGUUUCAUUCCGCGGUUGAAAAAGCGAUGGCGGACGAUUUGCUGGGAAAGCUCGGGUUCCCGCGCUCGUCAGAGAGCGCGCUCAAGUUGCUGAUUUCUACAGGCACUUGGAGCACUCACGAGAACGUAUCGGUGAGAAAGUACGGCGUGCCGAUCGAUUUCCCGCAAGAAGCUCUCGACGAGUGCGCUAGUAUUUUGGCUAAUCCACCCGCGGACGUCGAUGCGUCUUCGCGAGUCGACUUGACGCACCUCAGCGCGUACGCGAUUGACGACGCUGGAACCGUUGAGGUGGAUGACGCGGUGAGCGCAGAGUCUCUCGACGAGGGACGGAUUCGAGUGUGGGUGCACGUGGCCGAUCCCUCCAGAUGGGUCACCAUGAACUCAACGCUCGAUAUCACCGCGCGGGGAAGGGCAACGACGCUAUACUAUCCCACCGAGUUGGUGCCGAUGUUCCCACUGGACAUCUCGGCGGGACCGAUGUCGCUCGGCGCUAACGCCGAGGCGAGCGAGGCGAUGACGAUUCGCGCUGAUGUAGAUGCUGAUGGAAAUAUCGAGGACUUUGACAUCACUCCAAGUCUGGUGAAGAUCGAUAGAAGAUGGACGUACGAUGAGGUUGACGCCGAGCUCGAUAGCGUGACGUGUGACGCGUCGCUUCGUCUACUGUACAAGGUCGCGAGCGCGCGGGACGAGAGAAGAGCCGAUGAUGGUUCUGUCACGAUUAUCCUUCCAGAAACGUCCAUCAAAGUUCAAGGAGCGACGGCGCGAGGCGGCGAAGAUGACGCCACGGUCGAGAUGGUCAAACUGGAGUCAAACACAGCAUCUCGAACUCUCGUCUCAGAGCUCAUGAUCCUUGCAGGCGACGUCGUGGCUCGGUUCGGGAUCAAGGAAAAUCUACCACUCCCUUUCCGCGGCCAGGGUGAGCCGCGACUGAUGUCGGACGACGAAUGGGACGAGAUACCGGAAGGUAUUUGCCAAGACAUGGCGAUGCGCUCGUGCAUGAACGCCUCGACGGGUGGCGCAACGCCGAGACCGCACUCGGGUUUGGGUCUCGACGCGUACGUGCAGUUCACGUCUCCCAUUCGCCGGUACGCCGACCUUUUAGCGCAUUAUCAGAUUAAGGCGUAUCUGCGAGGGGAGCAACCGCCCUUCGAUACGGAAUCGAUGGAGCGUGUGAUCGAGGAUAUCGGAAACUCUGUGGGCGGCGCCAUACGCUCUCAGCGCGAGACUUCAAAGUAUUGGGCAUCCGUGUACUUCGCUUCACAACCCGCGUCGGCGCGAUGGACGGCCAAGGUGGUCAAGUUUCUCCGUGGCGAUGAUUUGGUUAUCGUCAUUUUCGAUGACCUCGGGUUCGAGUCUGUCGUGAAGCUCGACAGACCGGCACUUUUGGGAGAGUCGGUGACGCUCAGGGUUGUCGGCGCCGAGCCGCACGCCGGUUCUAUCACGUUCGCUCGUGUCCAUGAGUAA